AUGGAUGUCGCUCGUACCUCCAUGAUCCAUGCGGCUGCUCCCCAUUUUCUGUGGCCGUUUACGGUCCGGUACGCUGCACAGCAGCUCAACCUCUGGCCCCGUGUCUCCUUGCCGGAGACCUCGCCUACACUGCGUUGGAUGGGGGAGGUUGGCGAUGCGUCGCGUUUCCGGGUCUGGGGCUCUCGUGCCUUUGUCCGCGAUACCUCCGCGGACAAGCUCUCCUCUCGCGCCAUUCCCUGCGUCUUCCUUGGCUUUCCCCCUGAUGCGCCUGGCUGGCAGUUUUACCACCCCACCUCGCGUCGUGUUCUGUCCUCUCAGGACGUCACGUUUGACGAGUCGGAAGACCCACCUCCCUUUGCUGAGCCUGUCGAGGUCACAGGUGACUCAGGUGCUGCUGCGGGUGGUGCUGCUCGGGGUGUUGCGUCAGGGGGUGCUGAUCCUGAGCGUGUGGGGUCUGGUAGUGCUGAGCCUGCGGGUGCGGUGCCUGGGGGUGCUGCACGUGCGGGUGCGGAGCUUGCGGGUGUUGAGCCUAGGGGUGCUGCGUUUGGAGGUGCUGAGCUUGCCGGUGCUGAGUCUGGGGGUGCUGAGCCUGAGAGUGCGGAGCCUGGGGCCAGCGAGAGCCUCUCUCACCUCAGUAGCUGCACGAGUGGUUUACUCGGCACACACAUCUUCGGAGUCGCGCCGCUGGAGCUGGAGGUGCUGGGGCUGGAGCCGCUGGGGUUGGAGGUGCUGCCAUUGGAGGCACUGGAGCUGGAGCCGCUGGCGCUGGCGACGCUGGCACUGGAGGAGUUGGAGCUGGUGCCGCUGGAGCUAGAGGUACUGGCGCUGGUGGCGCUGGAGCUGGACGUGCUAGAGCUGGAGCCGCUGACCCUGGAGGAGCUGGAGAUGGUGACACUCGAGUUGGAGGUGCUUACGCUGGAGGUGCUGGCGCUGGCGACGCUGGCCCUAGAGGAGCUGGAGCUGGUGCCGCUAGAGCUAGAGGUACUGGCGCUGGUGGCGCUGGAGCUCAAGGUGCUGGAGCUGGAGCCGCUCGAGUUGGGGGCGCUUCUUCCUUCGUCCACUGCCCUUCCUCCGAACUCUCCGCUGCCUGCCCCCGCUCCUUACACUGAGCAGCAAGCCUCCCUUACCAAGCGUCGUGAGCCUGCGUCUCGUCCUGCCUCCCCUGUUCGCACUGUUCGCCGUGCUCGUCGUGUCCCGCGUCCGCGUCCUCCUCCUGUGCCAGGUACUCACACUAUGGCACUUCGUCCUUCCUCUGUUCCGCAGCGUGUCCCUCUGUCGUCUCCUCGAGCGUCCUCUCUGCCUGUCGUUCCGGACCCUGAGUCUGACCGUGUUCGUGCUGCUAGUCCCACUGUCACGCGUCUCCUGGCCCGUCGUUUGAGUCUACUGCUGCGUCUGCCUUAG